AUGCAAAAAAAUGUCAUUUUAAAUUACUUAUAAAAUGGUUCUUCAUAUUAUCCUUUUGGAGACCAGCCUUAGCAAAAUCAAACAAAUCUCGAUCCUUUUAUUCCGUUUCAACGAGAAAGGGAUAAAACAGGAAAAUUAAUUAAACAAACUGAUUCCAAUUUCAUCAAAAUCAACAAAAGUAAUAAAUAAUGUUACACUGAUCACUCAUAUUCUAAUAGUGAUAUACUAAAUUCUAAUAAACUUAAUACUGAAAUAAAUUAGUCAAAAUAAAUUCCUUCAAUUCAACCAAUUCUAUUAUUACCAAUAAUACAUUAACCUCUAAACCAAACCUAAAUUUAAGCUAUUCAAAAUUCUAAAUAUACAUUAAAUUAGAAUUCAAUUGAAAUAGGAUUGUAACUGAAAAAAUUGCAUAAAAAAUCAUCUCCACAAAAAAUUUCGCUAUUAAGUAGAAAAACUAAAUCGAUGGCUUUGUAAAUUCCAGCUCUUGGUAUUUAUGAUCCAAGUCCCUCUCCUAAACAUUUGCCAAACAUAAAAAUAAAAUCAAAGAUAUAAUCAAAAAUAGAUGGACUUUCUCCAAAAAUCUUAAUCUAAAUUCCUCCUGCUGAAAAAAUCAUAAAAAAUGAUUUUGAAAUGAUGUUUGCAAAAUAAAUGGCCUCAAUUAAAAGAGAAGUAGAUCAAGAAAUGAAAAGAAAUCCUAAUCAAAUAUUUAGAGUAGAAAAAUUUGAUAUAAAAGAAAAUUUAAAUCUAGAAGAGGCUGAAUAACUUAGAAAUAGAAUGAAAAGAUACUUUUAAAGUGUUAAAGAGAGUUUUAUAAAAAUUAAAAAUUUGAUGAAUGUCAAAAAAUGA